GUGGCGGCAGCAGCGUCACCGCCUCUGUGUCUUCUCCUCUCCGUGUCUCGCGCUGCCAGUCUCUCUCUCCCUCCUCCUCCUCCUCCUCUUCCUCUCCUCCCUCCCUCCCUCAGUCCGCUUCAGAUUGAGAUUUAACAGCGCCUCGGAUCUUCAGCUGCCUCCGCCAUCGCUCGACAGGGCGCGAGGACAACCCGGCGUUUUCAAACGCACCCCCCCACAGCGGCGCGAGCCCCUCAGAAACGCCACGCUUCUCCUUCUCUUCUUCUUCCUCCUCGUCCUCCCGUCCAUCUCUACUCUCUCUCUCUCUCUCUCUCACUCACACUCUCCCUCUCUCUGCCACUUCCUUGCAUUUUUAAUGGAAAAUGGCGAUCCGCGCGCCGUCCUCGAGCGUCUUCUGCCUCGUCUGUGCGCAGACGGCGCUUCUCCUCCUCGCGCUGUCCUCGCCCGGAGCUGCCAUCCUCCGCUUCCCGCAGCACUACACGAUGAUGCACUGGGCAAGUCGUAUAGAAAAGGAGCUGGACAAAGUGCUGCCGCAGGUCACUGGAGCUCAGCAGAUGAGAUCGAUUUACAGUGAAAAGAGGAGUCAGUUUGAUGUGAGGAGGAACUCGCCUAAGGAUCUGGUGGAAAGAGUGGCUCGAGACAUCGCCAGGCUGCUCAACAGCAAGCGGAAAGCCCUGGAGAGGCUUGCCAGAGAGGCGGAGCAGAUACAGACAGAGCACCCGUGGCAGGACGGCAUCAAGGAGAGUGAUAUACAGUACUACGACUCCAAGUCUGACUCUGAUUAUUCUGAAGAUGGCGACGAUGAGAACCUGAUGGAGAACCCAUACUCUCUUCCUCUGGAGUUUGUGGACGACCCCAACUUCAAAAACAAAGUCAACUACUCCUACACUGCGGUGCAGAUUCCAACUGACAUCUACAAGGGCUCUCCUACGAUUCUGAAUGAGCUGAACUGGACCCAGGCUCUGGAGCGAGUGUUUAUAGAUAACAGUCGAGAGGACCCCUCACUUCGCUGGCAGGUGUUCGGAAGUGCCACUGGUGUCACUAGAUAUUACCCAGCUACUCCAUGGAGGGCGCCCAACAAGAUUGACCUGUACGAUGUGAGGAGACGACCUUGGUACAUCCAGGGCGCAUCUUCUCCUAAAGAUAUGGUCAUCAUUGUAGAUGUGAGCGGCAGUGUGAGUGGACUGACUCUGAAACUGAUGAAGACUUCUGUGAUUGAGAUGCUGGACACACUGUCUGAUGAUGACUAUGUAAAUGUAGCUCAGUUUAAUGAAAAGGCAGAUGCUGUGGUCUCGUGCUUUAAGACACUGGUCCAGGCAAAUGUGAGGAACAAAAAGAUCUUCAAGGAUAAGGUGAUGAACAUGCAGGCGAAGGGAACGACCGACUACAAAUCUGGAUUCAAGUUUGCCUUUGAGCAGCUGCUGAAUGAGACCAGCACUCCGAGGGCAAACUGCAAUAAGAUGAUAAUGAUGUUCACAGAUGGAGGAGAGGACCGAGCUCAAGAUAUUUUCGAGAAGUACAACUGGCCCAAUAAAACAGUUCGAGUUUUCACCUUCUCUGUAGGCCAGCACAACUACGACGUCACUCCAUUGCAGUGGAUCGCUUGUGCCAACAAAGGAUACUACUUUGAGAUCCCAUCCAUUGGAGCAAUCCGAAUCAACACACAGGAGUAUCUGGAUGUUCUGGGCAGGCCCAUGGUGUUAGCUGGCAACCGGGCCAAACAGGUGCAGUGGACCAACGUCUACCAGGAUGCUCUGGGUUUGGGUCUGGUCAUUACUGGGACGAUGCCGGUCUUCAAUCUCACCGCUGAUGGGGACUCUAAGAAUCAGCUCAUCCUGGGUGUCAUGGGCGUAGACGUUGCCCUGAGUGAAAUUCAGCAGCUCACACCGCGGUAUAAGCUUGGAGCCAAUGGGUACACAUUCGCCAUAGACCCUAAUGGCUACGUUCUUCUGCACCCAAACCUGCAACCGAAGAUCAUUAACUUCAGAGAGCCAGUCACGCUCGACUUCCUAGAUGCGGAGCUAGCAGACAGCAACAAGGAGGAGAUCCGUCGGCAGAUGAUUGACGGCAAGCCCGGACAGAAGAAAAUCAAGACGUUGGUUAAGUCUGCUGACAAGCGAUACAUUGACCAGGUCAUGAGGACAUACAUAUGGACACCAGUGGAUGGCACAGACUACAGUCUCAGUUUGGUGCUGCCCACCUACAGUGAGAACCACAUCAGAGCCAACCUCAGCGACCAGAUUCUGCAAGUCCAGUAUUUUGAAUCUCUGCUGCCAGUCACUUUUGAAUCAGAGGGACAUGUGUUGAUUGCCCCCAGGGAAUACUGCAAGGACCUGGAGCUGUCCAACAACAACACGGAGUUCCUGCACAACUUCAUCGCUCUGAUGGAGAAAGUCACACCGGACUCCAAACAAUGUGACAACUUCCUGCUGCACAACCUGAUCCUGGAUACGGGCAUCAUCAGACAGCUGGUGGACAAAGUGUGGAAAACGAAGGAUCUCAACACGUAUGGAUUUUUGGCCGUUUUUGCAGCUACAGAUGGAGGCAUCACUCGUAUUUUUCCAAAUAAGGCUGCUGAAACCUGGGAAGAGGAUCCAGAGCCGUUUAAUGCCAGUUAUUACCGCCGCAGUCUGGACAACAAGGGCUACAUCUUCAGAGCACCCUAUCGUAGCCCAAACGCUCUCCUACAGGACCAGGAGAAUGACACCAUCGGCAUCCUGGUCAGUACAGCGGUGGAGAUUACAGUCGGAUCCAGAACCAUCAAACCCGCUGUGGUGGGUGUAAAGUUGGAUCUUGAGGCUUGGACUUCAAAAUUUAAGAUUCUUGCCAGCAACUACACAGACAGCAGUCGGCAGGGUCCUCAAAUGUGUGGACCCACCAGUGGCUGUGAGAUGGACUGUGAGGCCCAUGAGGACUUGCUGUGUUACCUGAUAGAUGAUGGUGGCUUCCUCAUCAUGUCCAAUCAGAUUAACGAUGUAAACAAGAUCGGCAUGUUCUUCAGCGAGGUGGACCCAGCCCUGAUGUACCUGCUCUAUAACAACUCCUUCUACUUCCGCAAGCAGUCAUUUGACUACCAGUCGGUGUGUGAGCCUGUUCCUAGCAGCAACACUGGGGCAGCUCCUAGAGGGGUCUUUGUGCCCACUAUUGCAGAUCUACUAAAUGUGGCCUGGUGGACAUCUGCAGCUGCCUGGUCUAUUUUCCAGCAAAUGCUUUAUGGAUUUGCCUACCACAGCUGGUUCAAUACAGAUGAAGUUGAAGCGGAGAGCAUGGACUCCAGAGAAACCAGCUGUGUGACAGUGCAGACCCAGUUCUACUUUGGAAACAUUACUACUGGCUACAGCUUAGUGCAGGACUGUGACAACUGCUCCAGGUUGAUCCACGCAAAGAGAAUAAAUAACACCAACUUGCUGUUUGUGGUGGCUGAGAAGCUGCCCUGCAACACCUGCGACAUAGAGAAGCUGUCUCAGGAGGAGGUAGAAUUCAAGCAAGAAGAUCCUUGUCUGGACAUGCCACCAGCGCGGUAUAGAAAAGGACCCUCCACCUGUUUCGACUACAACACUGCAGAGAACACAACAGACUGCGGGCGGGGAUACUCCUUCCGCCCGUCCAUCCACACUUUACUCCUCCUCCAGCUCCCUCUCCUCUCUCUGGUGGCCCGCCCCCACGUUUUGCCUUUCUCCCUUUAACUUCCUCCUCUGCCUCUCUCCCCCUCCUCUCUGUAAUUCUGCAUUUCUCCUUUAUCUCCCCUCGCUCUAGUCAUAGGUAUUAAAGGGACUUCCUGCUGCCCUUAAUACGGAAGCCCGGCAUACUGCUUCAUCCACUUAGCUUCACAGGUUGUUGCUUAGUGACCGUUGCAGAACUUUUAUCGUCUCCUGCCAAUCAGCAGCUUUUUUUGUGGGAGGAGCUAGAAGUUAUUUGAGGAAGAAGAAGCUGAGGAAGUCAAUGACGAAUCUGGCCGUCUGGCGGCGCGGGAGCCGCGGUGGGAGAAAAGACGAGCGUCUAGGACCAACCGAGACGGAGGCAGCGUGGAAAAAAAAUGGAAUGUUCCCUCGCUGCGUGACCUGCCGCUAUGGACGCAGGGGGGGGUUAAGUUUUUGUCAGACUCUGCCUCAAGUCAUCCUCCUCAUCCUCAUCUUCAUCCCUUACAGGCCCGUGACUCAAGUUUCAGGGGUCUGCCGCUUGCCUAAUUUAACAUGGGGCUACAGAACCGUCUGCCAUUUUUUAGCAAUCAGUAAUCACAGAACUUUAAUCAGCUAUUGAAAAAAAAUUAUGAGUAACAACCUGUGAGUAUUUAAAGCAUACCUCCAUAUGUUAGGAUAAACCCAGAGAGGGAAGAUGAUAGAUGUUACUUAUGACAAAAUAUCAUUUGUUUAUUUAUGCACUAUAUCUACUUCUUGCCAAAAUGAGAUAGACUUGUUGCGUGGUCUUAUUUUUCUAGCCAAAUUAGGACGAGGAGAAAAAAAAAGGGGAGGAAACGACUCGCACAGUACAACGGCAAGUGCGGUUAGGAAGAAUGGAAGACCUCGUAGAGACCAGGCCUGUAUUUCAAUUCGCCUCAUUUGCUCUUCUUUUCACUAGUCAUAAGGGCUUCAUUAGGCACAACCUUUCUGUUUGAAUGGUCAGCAUAAGUAGAUGAGCUUGUGAUGGUUUCAGUCUUACAGAGCUUCAGUUUAGGUUUAGGUGGUGUCUGUUUAACGUUCACGUUGUUAAGAGACGAAUUGGAAUACGGCCCACCUGGGCUCCGACAUCACCAGUCUGAACCCUCCAUACUUCUGUCCUGCGGGUAAAAGGAGGCCGUCACUAUACUGAUCAUGUCCUAAUGCUCGACUUCUCGAUCUGGCUAAUGAUCAGUCAGUGAAUAUUAAUGCGAUGAAAAUCAUCUAUUUGCCAUUCAGUGUUAGUCUUGUCAUUUGGAGCACAUACAGUCGCAUGCAAAAGUUUGAGCACCUCUGGUCAAAUUACAUGUUUUGUCGAUUAUCCAAGUGAAAAAAGUUCCUCUACAGUGGUAGCAUGUCAAACUGGGGACCUUCUGGGCCAAAGCGCUGUGGAGAUUAGUGUUUACCCUCAUCUAACACUCUGAAUUCAGUUUU